AGUGCGGCCGCCGGCGCCCGGCCCGUCGACAGCGCGACGCCGCGCGCCGCGUCGCUGCAGUGUUUGUGUCGGUGCGUGCGCGGCCGGUGGGCGGUGCCGAGUGAGGCAGCGGGCGCGCUGCAGUGUCGCUGCGGGUGCAGUGUGUGAGAGGAGAGAGCGGAGCGUCGCCCUAUCGCCGGGGAACCAGCCAUGUCGAGAGACGCUCGGUCGUGUGCGGACGCAGGCUGGUGGCGGGACUGUGUCGUCGCCUGCAAGAGGCCACUGGUAGCGCCGUGAGCGCCGCUGUGACUGUAACCAGUCUGUGAUACCGUCCUCCGCGCGCGGCGCGACCCGUCUAGCCGCAGGUCUCUGUUGAACUGAGUGGGUGCAUCCGAACGGAGCUACAGCUCAAACGAGCAUCAGAGGAACGUCAAACGAACAACAGAAUAGCGUCAAACGAAUAGCAGAGCGUCGUGAAAGUUUGAGCCAAGUGCCGUUAGACGAAUAGCGAGUGUCGCCAAGCGAGCUGCGGUGCGUCUGACUCGUGACAGGAGCGUGUGGUGCGUUGACUGUGACAGUGACGGUGACAGUGACAGCAGUGACAGCAGCGCGGCUGUCUGCUGACAGUCGCCCCGGGAGCCGGCGCCGUUGGCCGGUCAGUCAGCCGCCACCCGUGUCCGUCCGUCCGGUCCAGCGGCCCGCGCUGUGCCGCGGACGCGUGGGAGGCGGGCCCAGCGAGCGAGCGAGCGUCCGCGCCGCCCGCCUGCUAUGCCCGUGAAGACAAAGGGCGAGCGACGUCCCUCGAGCCGGCCGUCCAGCCGCCUGGCGAUGCAGGAGCCGGGGCCGCCCGGGCCGCCGGUGGGGCCGCCCGGACCGCCGCAGGGCCCCCCCGUUCCCCAUGCAGCACCCGCCCUUCAUGCACCCCAUGAUGAGGCGUCACACUCCCUACUUCAACCAGCCCGACUACAGGAUACACGAACUCAACAAGAGGCUGCAGCAAAAGUCGGAGGACAGUGACAGUCUGUGGUGGGAUGCGUUCGCCACCGAGUUCUUCGAGGACGACGCCACUCUGACCCUGACAUUCUGCCUGGAGGACGGGCCCAAACGAUACACCAUCGGACGCACGUUGAUCCCGCGCUACUUCCGGAGUAUAUUCGAGGGCGGUGUGACCGAGCUCUACUUCAGCCUGCGCCACCCCAAGGAGUCGUUCCACAACACGAGCAUCACGCUCGACUGUGACCAGGCGUGCAUGGUCACCCACCACGGCAAGCCCAUGAUCGCCAAGGUGUGCGCAGACGGCCGCUUCAUCGUCGAGUUUACCUUCGACGACCUGAUGCGGAUCAAAUCGUGGCACUUUGCGACGCGCAACGUCAAGGAGCUGAUACCGCGAGCAGUGGUGUCGGUACACCUUCAGCAGGAUCCCGGCCUAGUGGAGCAGCUGAGCAAGAACAUCACCCGGCAGGGGCUCACCAACGUCACGCUCAACUACCUCAGGCUGUGCGUCAUUCUGGAGCCGAUGCAGGAGCUGAUGACGCGCCACAAGGCCUACUCGCUCAGUCCGCGCGACUGUCUGAAGACCACCCUGUUCCAGAAGUGGCAGCGCAUGGUGGCACCCCCUGGUGGGCCAAAUCGCAACCCUAGCAAACCAGAAGAGAGCCAGCGGCCGCCCAGCAAGCGACGGAAGCGGAAGGGCGCCACGGGCGCGGCGGCCGGCGGAGGCAACAAGAAGGGCCGCCCUCCGAUCAACCUCGCCGGUCAAGACGUAAUGAUGGUCGGCGAGCCGUCUCUGAUGGGUGGCGAGUUUGGCGACGAGGAUGAGCGACUCAUCACGCGGCUGGAGAACACCCAGUGCGACCCGGCGGCGGCCGGCGGCGGCGGUGGACAGGCCGCUCCGCCUGCCGCGGGGCUCCUCGAGGAGAACAACUACACCUCGUCACCGCUGACCUCCGGGGGCAGCUGGACGAGCGGCGAGCGGCCGCUGCCGCCGCAGGCCUCCACGCCCAACUCGCAGGAUUCGGACAAAAAGUCGCCGGCCGUCGGACAGUGAGCCGGCCGUCGGACGACCACCUCAGGUGUACAGACGAUAACUAUUGACACAAGUCAGAUACCCGGCGAUUUGUGGUGCAUCGGUGCAAUGGAGAAAAUCAACUAGAUGUGUCGGAGAAGAUUAUUGGACAAGAUUUCGGAGGUUUUUGGUGAACAAUUCGUAUCUUUUAUAAGGUGUGUUUGCUAGCACCUUUGCGAACCACUGCUGUUUUGUCCUUGAGAGCUGAUUCUUGCGACGCCGGAUUAGACGGGUCAUUGGACAUCUGGUGACGUCAGAAUCAGCUGAUGCGGCUUUCGUGGGAUGACGUCACGGGGCGGGGUGGCAUUGUGUAUUAUUGUACGUCGUGCGCGUGCGGCGAUGCCGCCAGCUUCUACUAUGUUCCAUGCGGCGCUGGCCGGCGGCGUCGCGUCUCUCGUGUCGGUUGCAGUGUCUCGAUGUUUUUGUGUUACAUUGACUGCGUUGUAUUGCGUAUAUCGGCUAUAUGUCGCUCGCGGCUGACGGUGCAUGGUUCGCCGUUGGCCCGCUGGGCGGCGCUGUCGGCACCGUCCGCCAGAGGUCGACGCAUCUGUACAAACGGCGAAUACAGCGUCUGAAGCUG